UUAUUACGUUUUUUGGUUCCGAAAUUACUUGGCAAGAGUACGCGGCACGCCUGUUACCAGAACCGACAGCAGAAUGUUCUCCAGAACUUAUUCGGCGGUGUUUCUGCCAAAAUGUGGCCAUGUCAGGGACAUGUCUACCAUGAAGGAAAUCACCCUUCGGUUAAAGUCCGUGAAGAGUAUCCAGAAAAUCACAAAAUCCAUGAAGAUGGUGGCGGCCGCCAAAUAUGCGCGAGCGGAGAAAGCGCUGAAGCCAGCCCGCGUGUACGGCACCAGCGCGCUCGCGCUCUAUGAGAAGGUGGAGAUUAUGGUUCCUGAGGACAGGGAGAAGCACGUGGUGAUUGGCGUGUCCUCAGAUCGCGGCCUGUGUGGCUCCAUACACAUGAACAUUGCCAAGGCCAUGAAGGCUGAGGUGGACAGGCUGACCGCCGCCGGCAAGGAGGUGAUGCUGGUGAACGUCGGAGACAAGCUGAGAGCCCUGCUGAACAAGACCCAUGGGAAGCACUUCCUGCUGACCUGUAAGGACAUUGGCCGUAAAACCCCCACCUUCUCAGAUGCCGCCUCCAUCGCCACCGAGCUCCUCCACUCUGGAUACGAGUUUGACCAGGGCGCCAUCUAUUUCAACAGAUUCAAGUCUGUGAUGUCAUACACAACUGAAGAGAAGCCUGUGUUCUCCGUGGAUUCUGUGGCAGGUUCAGAGAGCGUUGUUGUGUACGAUAGCGUGGAUGCGGACGUGUUGCGGAGCUUCCAGGAGUUUGCCCUGGUGAACACCGUCUACUUCGCUCUGAAAGAGUCGUGUGCCAGUGAGCAGAGCGCACGCAUGACCGCCAUGGACAGCGCCAGCAAGAACGCCUCUGAGAUGAUUGACAAGCUGACCCUGCAGCUGAACCGCACACGCCAGGCAGCCAUCACCAAGGAGCUCAUCGAGAUUAUCUCCGGCGCUGCUGUGAUAUAAACGUGGAAAAGCAGUUCCGCCCUCCCUUUGCUGUGGGAUGCACAUGCAGAAUAUAUGCUGUCCAUCUGCCAACAGUUUACGCACUUUCCUACUUCCUAGUCCUACUUUUUUAAAGCACAUUUGAAAGAAAAUGAAACCUUUUCUGAAUUUUGUGGAUGUCUUUGCUGCUAUUUAAUUUAACUGGUGCAUAAUUUUCUGUAAAAUGAUGAAUUCAGCAUUUUCCAUGUGAUUCUUUGUAAUGUUAGGAUUUCCAUGUUUGGGGCUUGCGCAAAUCAAUACUGUAAAAAGUAAACUGAGUUCAAAGAGUAAAACUGUAAAGUUUUCUGAAAAACAGGAACCUUGCAAAAGGCUCUGGUCUCAGUUAAAAAAUUUUUUACAUUAGCA